AUAAGGAAAUCCCCAAAACAAGCUUCAAAGAAGGCAAAUUUAAAUCACAAAGGUAUCAUACUUAUCCUAGGUGGGUACGCUGUGGCGAAUGAGAACUAGGCUCUAGUAAAGGUUUCAAAAUGGCGGACGAGAAGAAACAUAACAAAUCAGAAUCCAAGAAAAAAGAUGAAGAGGCCAAGCCUUUCGUGCCUCAAACUGCGGCAGAGCUACAAAAAAUGCAGUAUGAACGACUUAUGAGGGACCCAGAGAGGAACGUUCAUAUUCCUGAGACGAAGAAGGAGUGGAAGCCAUCAGACCCUAAAGAUUUUGUUCGAUUUGUAAUGGGCUCGAGUGCUGGUGCUGGCAGUGGCGAGUUUCACGUAUACAGAGCAACAAGAAGACGCGAAUACAAUAGACAGGAAUAUAUCGAAAAGAAAUCUAAGGAGGAUGAGAUUCAAAAUGAAUAUCACAAGAAACUUGAGCAGAAUGCAAAAAUUGCAGAAGAAAAAACAGCAAAGAAACGUGCAAAAAGACAAAAGAAAAAGCAGAAAAAACAAGUGGCUAAGAAAAUGAAACAAACUGCAGCAAAAGGCAACGAGCAAGAAGAAGAAAAAUUUGAAGAAAAAGAUGACAACAGUGAAGAAGAGGAAGAAGAACCACAUUUUGUUAUCAAAGGCAGAUAGCAGUGUUUCUUAAACAGUGUACAUUUUUUGUUGUAAAUGUUGUGGCUGCUCCAUGCAGCAAGAUCAA